UAAACUCUUAAUAAUCACAAUAAACGCGCAUGUUUUUGAAUAAAGAGCCUGUCACGAGAUGAAGUGUGCGCGCGCUGCACGUGUGCUUAAUACCGCCAAAGAUUAUUCAUUUAUUUGUUGGCUUAAAUUAAAAAUGAACUCCCUGUCUGACUUGUUUUGUAAAAAAAUAAAAAUUCGUGGAAAUGCAAGAAAAUUGCAUACUUUUUUCCCCUUACGUUAGAAGGAGAACAUGGCAGUUAAGAAUAUUUUUUUCUUAAGAAUGCUUCGUGAAUCCGGCGCGAGCGGCGUAAAAAAAAAAAAAAAAAAAGGGCGCGCGGGUUAUCGUGACGUCACAGAAAGAAUUCGAUUUCGUAGAACUUAUAAGUCCAAGAAAUCAUUUUGUGGGUUUAGUAGCAGUGGUGAGUGAAUCUGAGCAGUUAUUUUCAGCGAUUGUUAUCGAUUUUGACAACAAUGUUUCAGCGACCUUGUCGAGUUCAUCCGUUGACGGAGAGUCAGGUGUGUGAUCUCAACACCCCCCCAAACCCCAGCAGCAGCACAGAGGAACAACAUCCUCAUGAGAGCACUGCUGAUGCUGCUGAGGGAAACGACCAGGAGAGGAAGGUGGUGGAGAAAGGGAAGAAGAAAAAGAAGUGGUGGAGGUUGUCUUCUUUGUUUGGAGCUGUGAAGAAACAUCUGAAGCGCAGCUCGAACCCAGUUCAGGGUGAAGUAGAGCUGCAGCAAGAGCAAGAGCAGAGUGAGGGAGUGAAGAACCAGAACCAGUGUAAAGACAGAUGCAGUGAUGACUACACUGUCAGACACAACCUCGUGAGUGAUCAGCUGUGUGAAGGUGGAUUUGACGCUGAGGCGACACAUUUGAAGGAUGACCCUGAACUUGGAUCUCCACACCGUCUUCCAGAGGAGAAGGAUCUCAACAUCCUGGCAAAUAGAGGCCCAGAUAGCCACGGAUGUGAUCUCAGCACCCCCCCAAACCCCAGCAGCAGCACAGAGGAACAACAUCCUCAUGAGAGCACUGCUGAUGCUGCUGAGGGAAACGACCAGGAGAGGAAGGUGAUGGAGAAAGGGAAGAAGAAAAAGAAGUGGUGGAGGGUGGCCUCUUUCUACGGAGCUGUGAAGAAACAUCUGAAGCGCAGCUCGAACCCAGUUCAGGGUGAAGAAGAGCUGAAGCAAGAGCAAGAGCAGCAGAGAGAGAAAGUGAAGAACCAGAAAGAACAGAAAGCCAGAUGCAGUGAUGACUUCAUUUCCAGCCACUACCAGCUGGGUGAUCUGCUGGGUGAAGGUGGAUUUGGUUCUGUGUAUGAGGCGAGACGUUUGGAGGAUGACCUUAAAGUGGCGGUCAAAUAUGUUAAUAAGACCGAAACCUACAGGCCAAGUUUAUACAUUCCUGGAUAUCAGCAACUCGUUCCACUGGAGAUCGCUCUCACAAUCCUGGCUAAUAAAGGCCCCAGAGUGCCAGAGAUCAUCCAGCUGCUGGACUGGAAGGACUACAAUGACCAUUUCGUCAUGAUCCUUGAAUGUCCCUCUCCUUGCGAGACUUUGGAAGACUUUGUGGGGCGUCAGGGUGGACGUCUCAACGAGAGCUUAGCACGGCGAGUCAUGAUGCAGGUGACUAAAGCUGCGAACGUGUGCUGCCAGCGCCAAGUGUUCCACCGUGACAUCAAACUGAGCAACCUUCUCAUCAACAACCAGACACUUGAAGUCAAACUAAUUGACUUUGGGUGUGGGGACAUUCUGAGGACAACUGUCUACAUGUCAUACUCUGGCACAGCAACAUACGUCCCUCCUGAGUUUCACAUAAAGGGAAAGUACCACGGCAAGCCUGCGACGGUUUGGUCACUGGGGGUUCUGUUAUUUAAAAUAGUGGCCGGAUAUUAUCCAAGUUUCUUAGAUCUGCACAUGCUCAAACUGCAUCUCUGGUCCAAAACUGGUCUGUCAAACGAAUGCUGCAGAUUGCUCCGCGCUCUCCUGCAAAUAAAGCCAAAGAACCGAAUUCAGCUGGAGGAAAUCCUUUCCCACAAGUGGUUUACGGCCACCACAUAAGACCACCUCAGAAGUUGUUGUAUCUUCAGCUCUCCAAUGGUUCCUGCAAUAGUUGCAGCAGUAUCAGAGGCCCAG